AUGGGUACUCCAGUUAACGUGCCCAGAUGGACCCCCAGACCUAGACCAACAAGCACACAUGAUCCAGAAAUGGAUAGCUUUGUUUCUGAAGAAAAUGAUAUUUCAUUCGGGAACAUGAACAACACCGUCCCCUUUAGCACUGCUGUUUCUCCUACUCUUCCUCACACUGAUUUACGGGUUCACCCAGAGCUCAAAACAUCUUUAGAAAUGGAACAAGCACAGGUAUUUGGAGAAUCAAAACAGAAAGAGAAUACCAUUUCAUGCGAUUCAGAGGGUAAUAUUGGCAUUUUCUUGACGUGGAAGGAGUUGUGGGUGACGGUGCCGGAGAAGAAAGGUGAAUGCCGGCCGAUUCUGCAAGGGCUCACCGGCUACGUCAAGCCCGGUGAGGUCCUAGCAGUGAUGGGCCCUUCCGGCUGCGGAAAGUCUACUCUUCUCGAUGCGUUAGCAGGGAGGCUAGAUUCAAACACGAGACAGAAUGGAGAGAUCCUAAUCAAUGGCCAUAAACAAACACUAGCUUUUGGCACUUCAGUAAGCUAA